AUGGCCCCACGCACCCGUGCUGGGACCGCACCCUCUGGGGGAGCCUCCACGUCGUCCCCUAGAGCGCGUACACCUCUACCCCGGCAGGAAUCUGAGAUUCCUGAACCCGCCGCUCACCUUGGCAUGGGCCCUCCAGCCGCCCUGCCACCGCCGCGGCCCCUACACUCCUAUGUCUACCAUGGAGAUAAAGGGAUCAAGGUUGGAGAUCCGCCGAAUUACAAGGGCAAGACGCUGUCUGAAUUCCACAGCUUCACGAGAGCCCUUGAACGGAAAUUCCGCCUUAACCUGAGCCAGUUUAAUACCCAUGAGGUACGAGUCAUAUACGCCGCGAGCCUCCUCGAAGGCACCCCUGCAACUACAUGGGCGACCAAGGAAAGGGAGCUUGAGCGUAGCAAUGCUGCCAUGACAUGGGAAGAAUUCAAGAACUUCCUUCUGGACCAGAUUGAAGACCACCGUAACCGCGCCUUCACGGCGGCGCAGCGGUUCAACUCACUACGUCAACGAGACGACGAGAAUCCUUCCGAUUUCAAUGCAAGAUUCGAAGAAUAUUGGGAGGAACUGUUUGACGAUUUGAAAUUUAUUGAAAACGCAGCUUUACCUCGCGAAGCUGACUCAUAA